AUGCCUGGAAACAAAACGCAACGAGAGCUUCUGAAAGGUUCGCUGGACGACUUGGAGUACCACUUCAGGCACAAGAGAACGUCGGAGUUGCUUUGCUAUCGGUCGCAGCGCGGACUGCUCGACAUCGACAACAUAGAGCCAUCACUGUUCAGGCAGCAGUUUGGGUUUGAGAAAGAGGAUUUCAAUGACUUAUUUCGUGCACUUAAACGGCCGGAUACCAUGAAGAGUGCUCAAAAUGUGAUUGUGCGCAGUCGGGAGGCGUUAUGUGUUACGCUUCGACACCUUGCCUACCCAAACAGGUGCUGCGAUCUCGAAGCCAUAUUCGGCAGGCAUUCAUCUGUGAUGCCGAGUGUGGCGUCAGAAGUGAUUUUCUACACCGUAAGCGAGUUUCAGCACCUGCUUGAAGACUGCAACAACCAUGACUGGCUGUGUCCUGCCACCGUUGGAGAGUUGGCAAAUGCUAUCCAAAACCAUGGUGCAGCGCUGACAAACCGCUGGGCAUUUAUCCAUGGCACGGCACGUCCUAUAUGCCGACCCAAAAGGAACCAACGCGACUAUUUUUCUGGCCAUAAGCGGAUGCACAUUCUCAAGUACCAGUCGGCGAUGUGUUCGAAUGGCAUUGUGUGCCAACUUGACGGCCCUUGUCCUGGAAGGCAGCAUGAUGAAAGUAGAUUGCCCUGUGUAUACUCCAGUGCAGUGGCCUCUAUGCGAAACAUUUACGGUGAUCCUGCCUACCCACUGAAGCCAGUCUUAAUGAAACUCUAUGGCGGCUCUUCCCUGACGACAAUGCAGUUGGCAUUCAACAGUAGCGACACCAGUGACCCUGGCUACUGUCUCCGCCUGGUCCAAGAGGCCCCUUUGGGCCCCCAGCCCCAACAGAACCAGGAGGAUCUCCCAUGGCUCCCUGUUGUAGGUACGGCCAUGCUCCGCACCAUGGACGAGCGCCGGCAUGUAGUGUGGGACUGA